CCUGUGGCGCGCCUCCGUCUGAGUUCUCUAUUUCGGCACUCGACUGCGCAGCCUCGCAGGUCUCUGGCGGGCUCUGCUGGGAUCCGCUCUUUCGGCGCUCGACUUACCCGUGCUGCUGCCGCCGCCGAAGGAGGAGCAAAGCUCAAGAUGGCGGACAAAACGCCAGGCGGAUCUCAGAAGGCCAGUUCAAAGACCAGAUCAUCAGAUGUUCAUUCAUCUGGAUCAUCAGAUACACAUAUGGAUGCAUCUGGACCCCCAGAUAGUGAUAUGCCAAGUCGGACACGACCUAAAAGCCCAAGAAAACACAAUUAUAGGAAUGAAAGUGCCCGUGAAAGUCUUUGUGAUUCUCCUCAUCAGAAUCUCUCAAGACCUCUUCUAGAAAACAAAUUGAAAGCAUUCAGUAUUGGAAAAAUGAGCACAGCUAAGCGAACUUUGAGUAAGAAAGAACAAGAGGAAUUAAAGAAAAAGGAGGAUGAAAAGGCAGCUGCUGAAAUUUAUGAGGAAUUUCUUGCUGCUUUUGAAGGAAGUGAUGGUAAUAAAGUGAAAACAUUUGUACGAGGAGGAGUUGUAAAUGCAGCUAAAGAAGAACAUGAAACAGAUGAAAAACGGGGUAAAAUCUAUAAGCCAUCUUCAAGAUUUGCAGAUCAAAAAAAUCCUCCAAAUCAGUCAUCCAAUGAAAGACCACCAUCUCUUCUUGUGAUUGAAACAAAAAAACCUCCACUGAAGAAAGGGGAGAAAGAAAAGAAAAAAAGCAAUUUGGAACUCUUCAAAGAAGAAUUAAAACAAAUUCAAGAAGAGCGUGAUGAGAGACAUAAAACAAAAGGCAGGUUAAGUCGAUUUGAGCCUCCUCAGUCUGAUUCUGAUGGUCAGCGUCGUUCUAUGGAUGUGCCUUCAAGAAGAAAUAGAUCAUCUGGUGUACUUGAUGAUUAUGCACCUGGCUCACAUGAUGUUGGAGAUCCAAGUACUACUAAUUUAUACCUUGGAAACAUUAAUCCACAGAUGAAUGAAGAAAUGCUGUGCCAAGAAUUUGGAAGAUUUGGACCAUUAGCUAGUGUAAAAAUUAUGUGGCCUAGAACUGAUGAAGAAAGAGCCAGAGAGAGAAAUUGUGGUUUUGUGGCCUUUAUGAAUAGACGAGAUGCUGAAAGAGCUUUAAAGAAUUUAAAUGGAAAAAUGAUUAUGUCUUUUGAGAUGAAGUUAGGUUGGGGUAAAGCUGUACCUAUUCCUCCACAUCCAAUAUACAUUCCGCCUUCCAUGAUGGAACAUACCCUUCCCCCUCCUCCUUCCGGACUGCCUUUCAAUGCGCAGCCUAGAGAGCGGUUAAAAAACCCCAAUGCUCCCAUGUUGCCACCACCUAAAAAUAAGGAGGAUUUUGAGAAGACUCUGUCGCAAGCCAUAGUCAAAGUGGUUAUCCCAACAGAAAGGAAUUUGCUCGCCCUAAUACAUCGAAUGAUAGAGUUUGUUGUGCGUGAAGGGCCGAUGUUUGAAGCUAUGAUUAUGAACAGAGAAAUCAACAACCCUAUGUUCAGGUUCUUAUUUGAAAAUCAGACACCAGCCCAUGUUUACUACAGGUGGAAGCUUUAUUCUAUUCUGCAGGGAGAUUCUCCAACUAAAUGGCGAACAGAAGAUUUUCGAAUGUUUAAAAAUGGAUCAUUUUGGAGGCCACCACCAUUAAAUCCAUACCUGCAUGGAAUGUCAGAAGAGCAAGAAACAGAGGCUUUUGUAGAGGAGCCUAGUAAAAAGGGAGCACUUAAGGAAGAACAGCGGGAUAAAUUAGAAGAAAUCUUGCGAGGAUUAACUCCUAGGAAAAAUGACAUUGGUGAUGCAAUGGUUUUCUGCCUUAAUAAUGCUGAAGCAGCUGAAGAGAUAGUGGAUUGCAUUGCUGAGUCCUUGUCCAUCCUGAAGACUCCACUUCCUAAGAAGAUUGCCAGAUUAUAUUUGGUUUCUGAUGUUUUAUACAACUCAUCAGCCAAAGUUGCCAAUGCUUCAUAUUACAGAAAAUUUUUUGAAACAAAGCUAUGUCAGAUAUUUUCAGACCUCAAUGCUACCUAUCGUACAAUUCAAGGCCAUUUACAAUCUGAAAACUUUAAGCAACGGGUAAUGACCUGCUUCAGAGCAUGGGAAGAUUGGGCCAUCUAUCCGGAACCAUUUUUGAUCAAACUCCAAAAUAUUUUCUUAGGACUUGUAAAUAUUAUUGAAGAAAAGGAAACAGAAGAUGUACCAGAUGAUCUUGAUGGUGCUCCCAUUGAGGAGGAGCUGGAUGGUGCACCCCUGGAAGAUGUGGAUGGAAUUCCCAUUGAUGCUACUCCCAUUGAUGAUCUUGAUGGAGUCCCUAUAAAAAGUCUUGAUGAUGAUCUUGAUGGAGUGCCUUUGGAUGCUACUGAAGACUCAAAGAAGAGUGAACCUAUAUUUAAAGUUGCUCCAUCAAAAUGGGAAGCUGUUGAUGAAUCUGAGUUGGAAGCACAAGCUGUAACAACUUCUAAGUGGGAGUUAUUUGACCAGCAUGAAGAAUCAGAAGAAGAAGAAACUCAAAACCAAGAAGAAGAAAGUGAAGAUGAAGACGAUACUCAGAGUUCCAAAUCUGAGGAACAUCAUUUGUAUUCUAAUCCAAUCAAGGAGGAAAUGACAGAAUCUAAGUUCUCUAAGUAUUCUGAAAUGAGUGAGGAAAAGCGAGCUAAACUUCGUGAGAUUGAGCUCAAAGUGAUGAAGUUUCAGGAUGAAUUGGAAUCUGGCAAAAGACCUAAAAAACCAGGCCAAAGUUUUCAAGAGCAAGUAGAACACUACAGAGAUAAACUUCUUCAACGAGAGAAGGAGAAAGAACUAGAAAGAGAACGAGAAAGAGACAAAAAGGAUAAAGAAAAAUUGGAAUCUCGAUCCAAAGAAAAGAAGGAAAAAGAUGAGUGUACUCCAACGAGGAAAGAAAGGAAAAGGCGACAUAGUACAUCCCCCAGCCCAUCUCGAAGUAGCAGUGGCCGAAGAGUGAAAUCCCCAUCACCAAAAUCAGAACGAUCGGAGCGGUCAGAAAGAUCUCACAAAGAAAGCUCACGGUCCAGGUCAUCUCAUAAAGAUUCUCCUAGAGAUGUUAGCAAAAAAGCCAAAAGGUCACCAUCUGGUUCAAGGACACCUAAAAGAUCUAGGCGAUCACGGUCUAGAUCCCCUAAAAAAUCAGGAAAAAAGUCCAGAUCCCAGUCCCGAUCUCCACACAGGUCUCAUAAAAAGUCAAAGAAAAACAAACACUGACAUUGUCAAGAUGCUGUCACUUAGCGGAAAUGCAAUUUUGUUUUGUGCCUGAAUAGUCUUGUUUGUUUUUUUUUUUAAAAAAAAGGAAAAAAAAAACAAAAAAAAAAUCAAAAGAAAGAGCAUUCCUGGGUUUUUUGUUUGUUUGUGAAUGCAUGUGUAAAUUCAUGAGUAACUGCAUCUGUAGACCUGUCAUUGUUUUAUAUUGUAUAAAUUACUUUUGUUGUGGCUGUUUCUCAGAUGAAAUUUUUAUUGUGCUAAUGAAUUUCAUCAGAAUGUGGACAGUGGAUCUGCUGGCAGUAGUAGUAUUUUGUUUUAGGAUGUUGUGACUUAGCAAAAUAACACAGAUGUCUCCCCCCACCCUUUUGUAGCUUUGACAAUUUGAAUUAGAUUUCAAAUAAAAUCUGAACAGAAAACUAUAAUGUUGUUUUUUUGCCCAAUUGGUGAUAUCAAGUCCCUUAAAAUCCUAAUAGGUGAAUUUGGCACUACUGUUGUGUUCUUAUACCAAAUGCACUUUACAUGCUCCAUUAUUGAAGUAGCUAACAUUUUCUAUUUACUAAGAUGACUACCAAAAUAAUGGGACCGAGACUCCUAUUAAAAGGCUUGUUAUCAUUUCUAUAAUAAAGUUCUCUUGGAUAAUACUCAUACCCAGAGAUCAAAAGACUUAAGUGGAUAUGAUACGGUAUUUUGUUAAUGUAAUACCUAAGACAUUUUUCUUUUUUUCAAAGAAGCAAUAUGAUUUCAAAACACUCAACCCAUGUUCUGAGCAACUAUGUAUUUUUAGAGGAAAAAUUAAAUCUCUAUCUUUUGAUUUUAUCUUCUAUCAUGAAAAAGUUUAUUUAUAAAAGAAAUUUUAUAACAAGAUUUUGCCAUAGAAUUUUUUUGUAUAAUAGAUGCCUUUUUAUAAUUGUCUGUAGGCUGUCUUUCAAAUAUUGGUGUCACAAUAUUUCUACAUGUUUGUUUAAAACACCUUAAAUUUUUUGGGAAGGAUGUGGUUUGAGGUAUAGCUUUCAAUAAAAAUUUAACAAUAAAGUGGUUUUCAGGCAAUUGUAACACCCAUUGGUUUAUAAGUUCAAUACACAAAAAGUUUAGCUUACACCAUUUGCAGAAUUGAAGUUGAUUAUAACUUGCUGCAGUCUGAGGAAGAAAUAAGAAAAGUUGUGUAUGUCAACCAAAAUAUGGCCAUGAAUAUAUUGUAAUAAAGGGUUAUGUAGAUUUGAACUGACAGUAUUUGUCAAUCUUGCUUUCAGUUUUUCAUUUACCCACCUUAUGGUGUUUUCUCUCUAAUAUUAUUUUGGCUUCACUUAUUUAAAAAAAAUUUUUCAUCUUGUUUAAUCUUUCCUAAUCACAAAAUAUGACAUCCUAUACCCCUGAUUUGUGGAGUAGGCAUGUUAGUUGAACAGUAAGGCAUGUCAUUUCCAAAUUGGGUAAAUCUACAAUAAUGUUGUAACAUGCCAGUCAAACUAUUUUACAUAUUGAUUCUUAGUAUGAAGGUACAUCUUAGAAGUUACUACCUUAUCAGUCACUCUUGAUCAUUUUGCUAGGAAAUGUUAAUUCCUAAAAGUUGCUCAGAAUAAUUAAUGUGAACAUUUGGUGCUGAUAUUUAAAGCCCUAUAAAUAAUGGUCGUUUUAAAAGUAAUACAUUAUUUUCCUCCCCUGUUCAUUGCCUGGGAGGAUGGAAUUUUAUAUAAUCGACUUUAAUUUGUAAAAAUAGUGUUUAAGUGCUGGUGAUUUUCAGCUUUCCUCAUUCACUCUCAUCUUUGGAUAAGCUUAGAAUUGGUCAGGUAAUGAUUUUUCCAGUCAAGUUGUAAGGUAUGCUUAUUUUCUCUCUUUUUAUAAAAGAAUAUAUUGGAGAAGUGGGAAUAGAAAAUGUUAGGUUGGAUUUGAGUAUUUGUGAUAUUUUUCCUACUAUAAUAGAAUUAGAAAUUUUCUUUAUCUGAAUCCAGAUAUAACUAUUACAGUCUAUCUUAUAGUGGCAGAAAAAACUGGCUUCCUUUGGGAUAGGCAAACAUUUGCUUAGGCCAAUAGAAUAUACAUUCUUUGAGUUUAUUAAUGUGUGUAUAAGCUUGUACUGGAUUUUAUUUUCUUGAAUUGCAAAUAGUAUUAGGUAAUAUCCAAUUCUACUUCAUGAGACAUCUAGAAUAACCCUUUUAAAUUAGAUGAUCCUUCCAUGAUGGUACACACCUGUAAUCCCAGCACUCAGGAGGCUGAGGGAGAUCACAUAGAGCUCUGGAGUUUGAGUGUGGGCAAAGUAACAGGAUCCUGUCUCCAAAAAAAUUCUUAUGGAUUCCAUGAGAGUUCAAUGGGAUCAGAAAUUGGUGAGUUUUAAGGAGAGAGAAAUUUUUUCCCCUCCAGUAGCUUAUUUAUAUCUUAUCUAGAGAACCCACUUUUAUGUAGUAGAAUGUAAGUUGACUAAAAUGUUCAUGGACAUGACCUUUAGUUAUAGGAAAGACUGUGUCCAGAUAGCUAUUGCCGUAUGUCACAGUUGCAUGUAAGAGGACAUCAUGUUGCCUGCCCUGACAAAUAUGGUUUAGACUCUUUACCUUCCAACCUGACUUUAUUUGCAGGGACUCUUUACCAGCUUAAUGGCAUUUUACUCCUCUCUCCAGGUAAGAGAAAGUAAAUGUGGGAGAGAACUAUGACUGAAAAGGAGUGUGUUGAUUUUUUCUUUGAUAUUGUAUUAUCUUACUCAUGUUUGUAAAUGUAUGGAAAUUUCUGAACUGUAACAUGCUUGAGAAGUUAAAGAACUAAUAUAACAACAACAACAACAAAAAAGUCCUGAUCCAAAAGUAUGACUAUCUGGCUCAGAAUACAGUGGCUUUUCUGCUGAAGUUUGCAGAAAUUACUCCCUAUUGACCUAAUUUUUCUUUAUUGCAGACCACUCCAUUGGGCUUACCCUGAGACUUCUAUUCCAAUUAAAGAAUCUUGGGAAUACUUGCUUGUGACCCAUAUACUUUUCCCAUUAAUAAUGUUGAGCACUUAAAAAUAAUUAAAGAGAUUUUAACUAUGAUUAAGUUCAUGUUUAUGAGAAAUAUUCUGUGCAUAUUUGCUUUUGUAAUGGUGUAAGGUUUGAAAAAUUACAUGACCAUGAUAAUGGUUUGUCAUGAUUAUUACUGUUAUUAUUUUUAAAAGGGUCUAUUAAUCUCUCUCACCAAAGCAACUUAAACUAUUCUGAUGACUACAACAAUGUGACUUCUUUAGCUGAAAAAGUUUUGUAAAAAAUGAACAGUACCAUUUUUCUAAAGCUGUGUAUUUUUAAAUACCUUAUUUUGGUUUUACUCUUCUAAAUUUUAAUGGAAAUGCUAACAGAAAAUUCAGUACAGAUAUUAGUGACGGCACUGUUUAAAGGAUUGUGUGACUACACACACAUACUUGCAAGCUGUUUGGUGUCUUCAUGUUUCACAUGCAUAUUUGGAAUAGGUAUUUGGGAGUAUUUAUUUGCAUUCUCUCCCCUCACCCCCUGCUUUUUCUUUUCAUACUUAAUAUACAAAUAAACAUACACAAAUCCCAGGGAACGUGUUGUGAUGAUAGACUAAAAGGUGGGAAUGUGCUGCUGCUUAGAGAGAUCCUUGUUCUGUUGUUGAGACUCCAACGCGUAGGUUGGGUAGUACCACCUCAUGGAGCUUCAUCGUAAAUGUAAUCUGUGGAUAAUUCUCACUUUGUUCAGUUUUGUAGCUCUAUAGGUAAAAUGCCCUCAUUCAUUUUCAUAUGUAAUUGUGCUUGGAACGUUUGUGUUUUAUUCUCUUACUUCAACAGGCUCUUUUAUGUUAUGCUUCUGGUGGCUUAAAAUAAUCAGGAAGGACAGUUUUUCAGAAGUGGGACUUCUUAUUUGAAGUCAGCUCGGCUGCCGUGUUCUGCGGUAGACAGUUGGGGGCUCUCACCCAUAACUUAGUUUAAGGGUUAGGCUUGUUGUGGAGCUGCUUUCCCUUGAGACUGUUACUUUCUGGCUUUUCUACAUAAAGAUUAAAUAGUUGCAAACGAAGUUUGUGGGAUUUCACUUGUUGUUUUUGACUUUUAAUUACUUCAAUGAAAUGUUUUCAUAGUAAAUUUAGACUGUUCAUGUAAUUUUCUCCAUAUGGUCUUUCUAAAGUGAGCCCUGUAGAAGCUAGUUUUCUUCCAAGUGUAAUAGUGGUGUGCUACAUUUAGCAGUUGUAGCUAAAAUGUUACUACAUCUUACAUAUUUAAACUGUCAGCUGGGGGCUGGAGAAGAUGGUAUAGGGGUUAAGGUGUUGCCUGCAAGGCCAAAGGACCCUGAUUCAAUUCCUCAGGACCACAUAAGCCAGAUACACAAAGGGACACGUGUCUGGAGUUCGUUUGCAGUGGCUGGAGGCCCUGGCACACCCAUUCUUUCUCUCUGUCUCUCAAAUAAAUAAAUAAAAUAUAUUUUAAAAAAACAAACUGUCAGAUGGUUUCAUGAUAGAUGAUUUCCUAAUUAUUAGGACAUUUCAUUUCUUUAUUCUAUUUGUUAAAAAUAUGUUUAUUUCACUGGAAAAUUUAAACACAUAAGAGGGAGUACUAUAAAAAUAUAUCUUCCAACCUGUAAAUGUCAACUCAUUGGUUCUUUUUAAAGAAUUUAUUUUUAAUUGUAAAAUGCUCUUUACAACAUUUGCCAUCAUAAUCAUCUUUAAGUGUACAGUUUAUUGGUGUUAAGAACAUUCGCAUUGUUGUACAACCAUAAUUUUCAUCUUGGAAAAUCAAAACUCUGUAUCCAUUAAAAUCCCUGUUUCCCUUUCUGUCCUGUCUCUCACAAUCACAUUCUACUGUUUUUGUGAGUGUGACUGCUCUACAAAGUGAAAUAUGGUACAUCACUUAAUUAAAACUCUACCAUUUGUA